ACUGGCAGUCAAGAUGGUUUACAUAAAAUCGAUCGCUCAUAUUGUGAUUGUGUUCCUUCUCUUUGGAACAAUUGAAGCAUCGGAACCAACGUGUUUGUCACGUUUUGAUUACGACGAGAAAAUGCUGCUCAAGAUACUGAGAUUUGAAGACACCCUUGAGAAGUUCGACAAGAAGAUUACCAACAUUAUGGAUACAUUGGAAGAUAACGAAAAAAAGAGGAACAAUGAGACAAAGACGACAGUGGAUGAAGCAAAACUCAACAUGAAGCAGGCAUUGGAAGAGAUAAAUCAAAACAAAAAUGUUCUAAUGAACGACUCAAGAAAUCUCCAAACGCAGUUGCGGGAAGUAGAAACACUGAAGGCUCAGAUGAUAACAUAUCUUGACAGGCUGAAAAACGCUACAAAAGACAAUGCUGCUAUAGCGUUCACAGUCAGUGGAGGUCCGCUGGAUACCCCCUUUCGAUUCAGUACCGUCCUAACCAACAUUGGUGGCUCGUAUGAACAGUCUACAGGAUAUUUCACGUGCACUGUUCCUGGGCUGUACUUCUUCACUUUCCAUUUGGUAAAGAAGCGAAAAUCUCCACUAAUAGAUUUAUGCGGCUGUAGCCUCGGGAAAAACGCAAAUUCUGUCGGAAUUAAGGCAUUCAUAGACCCAAGCGGGGAGGCAGACUACGGUAGCUACGGCGUGAGCAACGGUGCAUACCUGUACCUUAACAAAUGGGACACGGUCCAAUUGGUCGACUGUACGCCGUCAGAUUCGUUUGAGAGCUGGUCUUCGUUCAGUGGAGUUCUCGUCAAGGCUGACAAUGCUGCUAUAGCGUUCACAGUCAGUGGAGGUCCGCUGGAUACCCCCUUUCGAUUCAGUACCGUCCUAACCAACAUUGGUGGCUCGUAUGAACAGUCUACAGGAUAUUUCACGUGCACUGUUCCUGGGCUGUACUUCUUCACUUUCCAUUUGGUAAAGAAGCGAAAAUCUCCACAAAUAGAUUUAUGCGGCUGUAGCCUCGGGAAAAACGCCAAAUCUGUCGGAAUUAAGGCAUUCAUAGACCCGAGCGGGCAGGCAGACUUCGGUAGCUACGGCGUGAGCAACGGUGCAUACCUGUACCUUAACAAAGGGGACACAGUCCAAUUGGUCGACUGUACGCCGUCAGAUUCGUUUGAGAGCUGGUCUUCGUUCAGUGGAGUUCUCGUCAAGGCUGACGGUGCGGCUAUAGCGUUCACAGCCAGUGGCCCGAUAGAUUACCCCGUUCGAUUCGGCACCGUCCUCACCAACAUUGGUGGCAACUAUAAUCAGAAUACAGGGAGCUUCACUUGCGCUGUUCCAGGGCUGUAUUAUUUCAGUUUCCAUUUGGUGAAGAUGAGAGCCGAACCUAGAGUAGAUAGGUGUGGAUGUAGCCUCGGCAAAAACGCUGUCUCUGUUGGGAUACACGCAUCCAUAGAUCCGCAAGAUCCGGGUGCAGAUCCGGGUGCAGACAUCGGUAGCUAUGGCGUAAGCAACGGGGCGUACAUAAUCCUCUUUAGAGGGGACACAGUCAAACUGGUUGACUGUUCGUCGUCUAACACUUUUGAGAGCUGGUCUUCGUUCAGUGGGGUUCUCCUCAAGGCUUACUAGCUUUUCCGUUUUGACGCUUAUGUGCAAGUGUUAUUGCUUUUGAACAAUUCACAAACAAUUCGUUCUGAAAAUACAUGUACUUGAGUCACUGACUGUUAGAGUAUGUGCCCAGUAGCAACCUUAUGACUUCCUUUGCGUGUUGUGUAUUUUUGUUUAAACCGUCUUUCUUUAUAUAUCAUUUAAAAUAGUUAAAAUAGCAGUACAAGUGAUACAUAUAGCAAAUACACCAAAUAUCAUUAUGAUAAUAUCUAUGACAUUGAUUACAAAUAACCAAAAGUUA